AUGGAUGAGCUUUUCGGCGACAUCAGGGGUGUCAAGGUACCCGUCUCAUCUGCCGAGGUCUCUGCCUUUGUGGCUGUUAAAGUAUCUGUUUUCCCUGCCGAGGUCCUUACGUCUAUGGCUCUUUCUACAUAUGCCAAUAUUUCUAUUCCUCCCGAGCCUCCUGAGCUCCCUGAGGCUCAUACUGAGUCCACAUUAGCUACUAUUCCUGAGAUUCUUGAGUUGCUUGAGCUACCUGAGAUCCCGGAUUCGACUGCAGGCACUUAG